ACAAGAAGGAAAAAACACAUGAACUGUCCUCGUCAACAAUUGCAGAAGAGCCUGAGCCCGUUUCCUCUGUUCUGCAAGGAGAUGACAUCCAGGCACUUGCAAUUAAGGUGGAAGACCUGGAGAAACUCCAUGCUCCACGCCUUCCCCAUGAUGCUGGCAGAAUUCCAGUUAGGAAGAAAUACUUGGUUCGAAAGUAUCGACCCAUAGAGACAAAGAAGGAGAUGCACCUCCUCGUAGCAUAUCCUGAUUUCCCAAAGGCACCCAGGGAACCACCGACUUUUUCUGGUAGGGUUAAACACUCAUCUUUGGGUUCUGGUUUUGCUAAGCCUAGCUUUAGUCACCUGGCUCUGAGGUUUUUUGGGGGUUUUUUUUGUGUGUGUGUUGUAGGACCAGGACUGUUUGGUGAUGGCUGUGAAGAGAUUCUCCCCCAUCACAUUUUGGGGAGCCUUCAGGAGUUCAAGAUGGAAGCCUUGGCCAGAGGAAACACUCAGAUAGCAGAUAUUAUUGAGGCUUCUCGUCAAGAUAUUACUGCAGGAGCUUUCAAAGAGGACCAUGGAGGAGAGAAGAAGAAAAAGGUUCAUCAGACCCCACCAGCAGAGCACAAAGCUCUCCAGAACUGGCACCAUAAUAUGGCAGUCAGGAAAAAGCAGGAGAAAUACCUAGGAGGAAUUCUUCAGAGGCCAGAGAGUGAAUUGCUGAUGAACACCUCAGAGGAUUACAGGCAAAUCCAGGAAGAACGUGACCUCAUUGACCGAGCUCUCCAUGCCCUGCUUCCUGGAAAGGGCUACCGAAGAGGAAGCGAGUUUUGGAGCCAGCCUGAGCGUAUUGGAGAUGAACUCACUGGUCUGACGAUGACACUGACUCAGACAGAACGUGGCUACCCAGAGCCAGUCACUCAUGUGGGGAAACCCCGCACUGUCCGGAUGGAAACGGGUCUGAAGCCUCCAAAGAGGAUCCCUUUCCAGCUAACCUGGGAUAAGAGUCUUUUCCUGAAACAUCGACGUCAGGAACUAAAAUCUGUGCUACAGGAGCUAGAUUUUUAUAAACCGGAUCUGGAUGGACUGGAGGUGAUUGGUAAAGGGCAGCCUUUCACAUCUGUCUCGACAGAGCCUUUUCCACGUUCCACCACUUCUGAACAAUCUGAGACCCUCAGUGACUCCUCAAGGGACAACCCCAGUGUGGUUCCAGAAGCAGUACGGGGUCCAUCUUUAAAUUUCUGUGGUCAGCCAGCUCGUUGGAUCAACUGCACCACUUCUUGCAGGGAUGACAUUGGCAUUGCUGCCCGGCUCACCUUUGAGACUUUGGCUGGUGAGAAAGCAGAAAGCUCCCUGACGGUGAGCAACGAUGGCACAACUGCCAUCUGGUAUAACUGGAUGAGGCUUCCCCAGCAGAUUCCCUCCCAAGAAACCGAGAGGAAGAGGAUGCCGUGUUUUUACUUUGAUACCAGGCCAGGUGUAAUUUUGCCUAGAGAAACUAGGAAGUUUUCCUUUCUUUUCAAGUCAGAGAGAGCAGGCAUUUUCAGCGAGGCCUGGGAAUUCAGGACACAUCCUCUGUUAUUAGGAGGAGCUCUGCUGCAGGUGACCCUUUGGGGAAUUGCUGUGUAUGAAGAUAAAUUGGCUGACCUCAGAGAGAAACUGGAGAGUGACCUGGGUGCUCGAGAAGGUGCUACUAUAGUAGAAGAGAUUCUGAACGAACUUCUUGCCCGAAUUCGGACCCCAGAGCGCACCCCAUCUCCUGUGGAUGCCUAUGUCACAGAGGAAGAGUUGUUCCACCGGAAGAACCCCAAGUUGCAUUAUCAGCAUGGAGUGGUAAAGCAGCUGCAUGAACUGUGGAGACAGCAUGUGACUGUUCCUUCAGCCUUUGAGGAGAAAGUGCCCUCGGGCGAGAACAGCACUGCGGAGGACACACAGUGCCAGGAGAGUGCCUCGGAGGGUCUCCGCUCUCAGAGCAGCAGUGCAGAGGUCACAGGCUGGAAGAACACACUUCAGGAGGCUCAGAGUCAAAUGACAAACCUGGAGGAGGAAGAACCAGGCUCCACCAGAUGGAACCUCUCCUUCGAGGACUUUAAGGAGGCUAUAAAGUCAAUCCCCAACGAGGAGCAGCGAGAAGCAGCACUGACCCAGCUCAAUAAGGCAGCGCUGGAGCUGUGUGUUGAACAGAGGCCAGCUCAGUCAGACCUUUUGUAUCAAACCUGUCUCCAGCUGUGGCGUGAAACAAUUGAUGGUCUGGUGAGUCACUCUCUGAGGCUGAGAUCCCUGCUUGGCUUGCCGGAGAAGGACACCUAUGUCGACGUUGUUCCAGAGGAAGCAGUGGAAGUAAAGCAGCCUGUAAAAGGAGGAAGGGAAGACAGAGUAACCACUAGAAAAGAAGAGAGAAGGUCAUUUGAUGGUAGAGAUAAGGAAGGCAAAAAAAGAACAACAAAGACAGCAGGGAACCCUGAACAGGAACAUCCAAGCAGCAGAAAGUUAAAAGUAAAAGAUGAGAAAAGGAGGAAAUCCUCCACUUCUUCGCAAGGGGUGAGAGAUGGAGUACAACCUGUGGAAGCUGUAACUACAGUUACAGUAGAACCUCCUCAGGAGAAGGUCGACCCUGUUUUGUUUGGGAUAUACCAGGAAAAACUUUAUAUUGAGGUUUAUGGGCUGCUGGAUUCGAUGGUGAGCAAAAUGGUUUCUUUAUUUGAGGAACUAAAGAACAAAGGUGCUCUAAAGGAGAGGUUCACUUUGCUUACAAAAAAUCAAUGGCUGAAGAAGGGCAAGCUGGCUGCCUCGGCCAUCGACACAGGUGAACCGGGAGCACUGCGAACGGAGGAGGAGGAAGACCUGGAUUAG